AUGCUUGAGGACAUGAUUAAGCUAGCCAGGGAAAGAUUAUAUGAUACCACAGAUGAGGAUGUAGAGACGAGAGCCUACAGCUUCCCGGUAGAUGCAUUUGAAAAGGCUUUGUCUGAAUCAUAUUCGGAUAACAUAGUUUCUUUUUCUAGCUUUCCAGAAACCCCAACUUCAGUCCUUCCAGAAAUACGUGAUGUCCAGACUAUGGGUGUAAAGACUUCUUAUUCUCCAUCUUUACUCCUUCCUCGAAGAGUACAAGCGGUUAGAAAACUGAACCCCAUUGAUCUAAAGCACCUAUCACUGCACAUUUUCCCUCAUGCUGUAGAUCGAGAUUCUAGAUACUCGAUCCAGUUAAGUAAGAAGCAUGAGGAAGAACACCCGGAGAUAGAAGCAACAUGGCAUUCUGAGGUGAAUGCAGUGGGUAGGGACGAGGUUGUUGAAUAUUGUGAGAAGACGGAAGACGCAGAUAAGAUUUAUGAGGUUAUAGGUGAUGCUCCUGAGAUCUCAGUGAAAGAACAUUCUGCACCAGGACCUCCACCACUAUCACCAGUUAGUCCGAAAAACAAAGCGAUGUUCCAAAUUCCACCUCCGCCUUCACUGGCUUCAAGGAACACGAUGUCAUUACCUCCUUCUCCUUCUCCUCCACCACUACCUCCACCACUCCCUUUUACCUCUGGAAAUCCAGCAUGUCCUCCACCUCCUCCACCACCAAUGACAUCAAGAAAUGGUGUUCCAGUACCGCCAGCCAUUGGUGCAUCGCCACCACCUCCAGGGCUUGCUGGUGCCAACAACUUCUGUCCCAAGAAAGCUGCCACAAAAUUGAAGAGAUCUUCCCAGAUGGGUAAUCUGUUUCGACUUCUCAAGGGGAAAAUCGAAGGAUCAAGUUUAGAAGGCAAAUCAUCAGGGAGGAAAGGUAAAUUUGGCACCUCUGCCGGAGGAAAAAAGGGAAUGGCUGAUGCAUUAGCAGAGAUGACAAAACGGUCAGCAUACUUCCAACAAAUUGAAGAGGAUGUCAAGAAUCACACAAAAUCAAUUAACGAAGUGAAAGCUGCGAUAACUUCUUUCCAGACAUCCGACAUGGCUGAGCUCAUUAAGUUCCACCAAUACGUGGAAUCUCACCUUGAAAAAUUAACUGAUGAAACAAAGGUAUUAACAAGAUUCGAAGAUUUUCCCACUAAGAAAUUGGAAGCGUUAAGGAUGGCAGCAGCAUUGUACUCGAAGUUAGAUUUGGUAGCUAACACUUUGCAGAAUUGGCCAGUAGUGUCACCUUUUGGCCAACUCCUAGACAAAGUUGAGAAAUACUAUAAUAAGAUCAAAGGAGAAAUAGAUACAUUGGAGCAGACUAAAGAUGAUGACUCGAAGAAAUUUCGAAGUCACAAAAUUAAUUUUGAUUUCAGCAUCCUUGUAUGUAUCAAAGAGUUGAUGGUGGAUGUUUCUUCGAGCUGUAUGGAGCUGGCACUUAAGGAGAAUAGAGAUUCGAAAGCAAAAGAAAAGGAAGAAUUUAGAACUCAAGGGAGGAAAAAUGGAUCUGCUGAAAUGCUUUGGAAGGCUUUCCAGUUUGCAUUCCGAGUUUAUACCUUUGCUGGUGGACAGGACGAUCGCGCUGAUAAGCUGGCAAAAGAACUUGCCCACGAAAUCGAGACCGAUUCUCAUCAAUAA